ACCUCCAAAUAUUCAAUGAUAUUUAUUAUAUUUCUAAUAUUUUCUUUCAUUUGGUGGCCUUCUCCCCUUUUAGGAAUUAAUCCAGCUUCCAUUCGGGGCACGGACACAGGAGUGUGGAUUGGUGUGAGUGGGUCAGAAGCUGGUGAAGCGUUUAGCGUAGACCCUGAACAGUUGCUGGGGUACAGUAUGACUGGCUGUCAACGUGCUAUGUUUGCCAACAGAAUUUCAUAUUUCUUUGAUUUCAAAGGACCAAGUAUGUCCAUCGACACAGCGUGUUCCUCUGGCCUCGUUGCUCUGGACAAUGCUUACAAAGCAAUCCGCAGUGGACAAUGCGACUCAGCCCUUGUAGGCGGAGUCAAUCUCGUACUGAAGCCCAACACUUCUGUGCAGUUCAUGAAGCUUGGCAUGCUUAGUCCUGAGGGUGCCUGCAAAUCCUUUGAUGCUUCAGGGAAUGGAUACUGCCGAUCAGAAGCUGCUGUAGUUGUUUUCCUGACCAAGAAGUCCCUAGCCAAACGGGUUUACGCUACCAUAGUCAAUGCUGGGUGUAAUACCGAUGGAUUUAAGGAGCAAGGUGUAACGUUCCCCUCUGGAUGGAUGCAGCAGCAGUUGGUCAGUUCCCUGUACAGGGAGUCUGGGGUUAAGCCUGAGGAAGUGGAAUACAUAGAAGCUCAUGGCACAGGCACCAAGGUUGGAGAUCCUCAGGAAGUGAACGGCAUCGUCAACGUCUUUUGCCAAGCAGAUCGACCACCGCUGUUGGUUGGAUCAACUAAAUCUAACAUGGGUCACCCAGAACCUGCUUCUGGUCUUGCCGCUUUAGCAAAGGUGGUUCUCUCUUUAGAGCAUGGUCUGUGGGCACCCAACAUUCACUACAACACCCCAAAUCCAGAUAUUCCUGCCUUACAAGAUGGUCGUAUACAAGUCGUUACUAAACCAACCCCCACAAAAGGUCACCUUUGUGGUAUCAAUUCCUUUGGCUUUGGAGGCUCAAAUGCCCAUGUCAUUCUGAGGCCCAACGAGAAGACAUCGUCCUCCCCGGAGACUCAUAAUUUGCCACGAUUGGUGCAGUUUUGUGGAAGGACUCAAGAAGCAGUAGAAACGUUAAUAGAACAGAGCAGAAAUCUGCAGCAACACACAGCACUUCUGAGCAUGCUCAAUGAUAUCUCUGGGAUACCAGUGUCAUCCAUGCCUUAUAGGGGCUACACCUUGAUUGGCAGCGAGAGCGAUGUGAAGGAGGUUCAGAAUGCUCAGUCCUCAGGGCGGCCCCUGUGGUACAUCUGCUCAGGCAUGGGCACCCAGUGGAAAGGAAUGGGGCUUAGCCUGAUGCAGCUUGAUCUCUUCCGGCAAUCCAUCUUGCGUUCAGAUGAGGCUCUGAAAGACACGGGCCUGAAGGUGUCCGAUCUACUCCAGAGCACGGAUGAGAACACUUUUAACGACACUGUCAAUGCUUUCGUUGGACUUGCUGCUAUUCAGAUUGCACAGAUCGAUCUUUUAAAGGCCAUGGGUUUGCAGCCUGACGGAAUUGUUGGUCACUCAGUGGGGGAGCUAGCCUGUGGCUACGCAGAUAACUCCUUAAGUCACGAAGAGGCUGUUCUUGCUGCCUAUUGGAGGGGCCGGUGCAUCAAAGAGGCCAAGCUCCCACCAGGAGGCAUGGCUGCUGUUGGUAGGUAACUAGAUGUGCUCUAU